AUGGUGUUCAGCGACCAGAUUCCCAAGUGCCGGAGUUGCCAGGGCCUCGUGAAGCCUGACAUCGUCUUCUUUGGCGAAUCUCUCCCCGCGCGAUUCUUUGGCUGCGUCGCUGUCGACUUCCAGGAGUGUGAUCUGUUGAUCGUCAUGGGCACGUCGCUCCAGGUGCAACCUUUCGCAGCGCUCGUGCAGAAGGUGCCACAAUCCUGCCCGCGACUCCUCAUCAACCGCGAGUCGGUGGGUGAGGCCGUGGUGGACCCGGUGAUGGUUUUCCUGGGCAUGGGUGGCGGCUUCAAGUUCGGCGCGCCCGGCAACGUGCGCGAUGUCCGCUGGCUCGGCGACGUCCAGCAGGGCGCGCACGAACUAGUGAAGCUGCUUGGCUGGGAGGAAGACUUCCAGAAGUUGUUGGCGACUGCCGAGCCCGCUCCGUCCUUGUGA